GGGUGAGGGAGAGGAUGAAAGAGUUGCUGACUGGAGGCUGGGAGAAGUGCUGAAUUGAACAUCUUGUGUGUGUGACUGCCAAGGCAUGACCAUUAUAUUACAUGCUGACCAAACCGCCUGUGUGGCGUGAGAGAGCAUUGCAAAAUAAAUGUACACAUAUACAUGUUAUUCAAUAAUUUCAUCCAAACUGCUCGUGUGCGUCAACGGACGUCUGUGUAGCCAGGCGGUAAAAUAGAACUAGGUUGCAAGUCCCGCCUCUCCCAUCUACUCAUUGUUUUUUAUGAGCACAUACCCAUGUGUGUCAUUUCAAAAAUGAACGAUGUCCACACUACAGUCCAGUUGGUGGCGGUAAUGCACCUUAAAGUUGGUUGCCAACCGCCAUAUAAGAUCCACAGAAGAAGAAUGAGGAGAGAUUCAUCAAAGAAAAGUAGCUAAAAACGUACUAGGUUUCCCCUUUUACCUGUGGAUUAAUUGUCGGAGUAGAGGACACACGAUUUUGUGUCACUCAAAAUUGUACAAAGAUCCAGCAAGGACCAUUUAUGCAUUUCAGGUAAAAUAACAGCCCAAUGUUUAUCUCUCAGGAUGAAUUAGCUAGCAACAGCAAGCUAGCUAAAUGUUCAUGAAUGUUUCAUGUGUUUCGAACUCUCCCCAAAUGAAUGUAGUUGCUAAAACAAGGUUGCCCACUAUCAGCAUAUCUAUUUAUUAUGGCCAUUGAAAUGUUGGCUCUUAAAAUCAGAUCCAACAAUAAUAUAGAGGGGCUAGAAAGCCAGGGCUUAAAAACAAACGUGUCAUUGUACGCUGACGACUCAAGUUCCCUCUUAAAUACGCAAUCUACAUCCCUGCACAGCCUCAUAGAGGAUCUAGAUAAUUUUUCUAACCUCAGGAUUACAACCAAACUAUGAUAAGUGGACCAUAUUACAUAUUGGAUCACAAAAAAAUACUACUUUGACAUUACCAUGUAGUUGACCAAUAAACUGGUCUGACGUUGAAGUGGACAUACUCGGUAUUAAUAUCCCUAAAGAAGUAAAGGAACUUACUACAAUUUUUUUUUACAGAAAAUUAGCAAAAAUAGAUAAGGUCUUGCUACCAUGGAAAGUUUGAUUUGUGGAAAAAUCACCCUGAUUAAUUCUUUAGUCAUAUCCCAGUUUACCUAUUUACUUAUGGCCCUGCUUACCCUGAAAAGUUUAAAUUAUUUGAGCAAAAAAUAUUUAACUUUAUUUCGAACGGCAAGCCAGACAAAAUUAAAUGUGCUUAUUUAUAUAAUGUAUAAUAAUUACAAUUAUUAAAGCAUUAAACCUCUCACUAAAAGCAUCAAUCAACUAAUGUUAACUGUUUAUUCUGGGCCUUCCUUUCCUGUGGUGAUCCUCAUGAGAGCCAGUUUCAUCAUUGCACAUGAUGGUUUUUGCGACUGCACUUGAAGAAAGUUUCAAUGUUUUUGAAAUUUUCCGGAUUGACUGACCUUCAUGUCUUAAAGUAAUGAUGGACUGUCAUUUCUCUUUGCUUAUUUGAGCUGUUCUUGCCAUAAUAUGGACUUGGUGUCUUUUACCAAAUAGGGCUAUCUUCUUUAUACCACCCCUACCUUGUCACAACACAACUGAUUGGCUCAAAUGCAUUAAGAAGGAAAGAAAUUCCACAGAUUAACUUUGAAAUUGAGGCACACCUGUUAAUUGAAAUGCAUUCCAGGUAACUACCUCAUGAAGUUGGUUGAGAGAAUGCCAAGAGUGUGCAAAGCUGUCAAGGCAAAGGGUGGCUACUUUGAAGAAUCUGAAAUAUAAAAUAUAUUUUGAUUUGUUUAACACUUUUUGUGGUUACUACAUGAUUCCAUAUGUGUCAUUUCAUAGUUUUGAUGUCUUCACUAUUAUUCUACAAUGUAGAAAAUAGUAAAAAUAAAGAAAAACACUUGAAUGAAUAGGUAUGUCCAAACUUUUGACAGGUACUAUGAACGCUUCUGGUGAGGAUAGACACAAUCAACAUACGCGCCGAUUCGGUUUGGUCAAGAAAUUAGUUGUACAGUAAGUUAGUUUAGCUAAGUGCAUGACAAACUAUGAUUCUAACCGUGAACGAUUGGACGUAUCAAUUAGCAUAUUUGAUGAGGGUUCACUUUUGACAAUUCUUCUCAAGGACUGUACCCAGUUAUAUUAGUGGUUUGUUUUGUUUUCAUUGUAGACUUGUUUUUCAUGCUUCUGACAAAUUGGUUGACUAGAAUAGCCUUGAAGCAAUACAGCUACAUUUUGCAAUGUCCACACAAUAUCUGUCGGCAGUGAGCACAGCUCUUUUGAAUAUUGAUGUGUUUGGAAUUGUUAUCAGUCUGUUGUAGUCAUUGUUAUCAUUCCAUAGUUUAACUUUUUCGUAAUAUCACUUUCGUUCAUCCUUAUGGCGCUAGUAGUAUCGAUGGGGCAGCCCAGGUGGGUUUACAGAUCCUGAUGGACAGAGAGAAAAGCACAAGCCACACCCCUACAUGAGAACCACUGAGAUGCUGCAAAUCCCGGAGUGGAGUUUCCCAAUGUUUGUUUUGAGCAACCUGAUAGCCUUGUGUUGAUAACCGUGUCCAAUCGACCUUGGAUGUAGGUGAAAUCAAUGCCACAAUGUCUCAUUUUCUCCCGGUGGAUGUUUUAUCUCUGAAUGAACCAGACUGUUCUUUGUAGGUGUAUAUAUGUGGUAUAAGCCUAGUUCCUAUGUAAAUACACAGUUGUUACACAUAUUUUGAAUUCUUAAUUGAAACACGUCUUUUGUUUAUUGUAGAGGCCUGUGCAACCCUAAAUUACUCUUAAUAUCUGAAUAAACCGUUUUGAAACGCCAGCAAUCCGUCUGAAUUCGUUCCAUUCCAUGUUUCAAAUCCGAUUCGUGUUUUGCUUCUAAUCCUGGGUUCUUGCUGGGUGAUCCGUGUCCCUCUUGAGUGUGAAGUGAGGAGAGAGGUGGAGGGGGGAAAAGGAUAUGAGACCGUGGCUACGUUUCCUCGCGUUCUCAGGAUAGCCGUGUGCGAGUGAGGAAUUGGGGAAGCUUGAUUUUGGCUAUAAAUCCCCCCCCAUUUCAAUCACAAUUGGACACUGGGGUUGAAAACAAAACCACUAAAUCAAGGCAAGCUGGCUUCGCUGCGCGAGAUGCGCGCGAACACAAUGGGAGACAACGCACUCACUUCGCUUGGAGGAAUACAGCGUUGUAAUAAUAUUAUUCUACAAUAAUGGGAAUACUGUCGUGGUCGAUCUUGAAGCAAUAAGCCCGGACACUGCUGCCUGAACCAGGAAUAUUUAUAGAUUUGUUUGCUGUGAAAACAAAUGACUCUGUAAGCGACUGCAGUCUCGUAAAGAACCGUGGGCAUUUUUUUGCACAAGCGAUGCAUUUUGAGAGGGAGAGAAGCCGGACAUGCCCUAAAUGAAGACGCCGUGCUUGUUUAGUUGCUACAUUACAUUUGUUGCCAGUUUAUAAAUCCACCGGGAUGUGAAAGGAAUUCAUUUCCUGCGUCGAAUUCUCAUGCCUUUUUGCACAUCUGGAUAAGUAAAUUGUUUUGAUAUUUAAUAUUAGUUUAGGAGUGUAACUAAUUUAUUAUAGUACUCGUUUAAUUAUAGUAUUAUUACAAAUAGCCUGCUAUUACUUCCUUAUUACUAGACGACAUCAAAGGACCAGUGUCUGGAAGUCAUUUUUCCAUUCAAAGUAACGUCUGUCCCACUCGUGUAGCCUAUUCAGUAGCUCCUAUUUCAGUUCGUGUCCCUAGAGAAUGUACCUUCUUGACGGUAAUAUAGAAAGGAUGGAGCGAGGAACGCCACAAAGGAAGACAGUGUACCGGAUCUCUCUCACCUUGGUAAAGAAAGAGAGCUUGGAGGAGGAGGAUGGGGUUAGCUGCGGGAGCUCUGGACCACGACGUCUCGAGAAACCCAAAGUGGUCGCUUACCGUCGCGAGGUCUCCUCCGAGCUCCAGAGGAGUUGUCUGCUGGAGGAGCUGAAAGAAGUUGAGGAUGAAAGCGACGAGUUCCACUCACACAACUACAUGAGAAAUUUCAGGACAUUCAGCACCGGACAAUUAGAACUUGGAAGGCUUAAAAUUAAAAAGGCGCAUCAGUUGCAUAAAGAGUUGAAGGAAACUGCCACUAGCCCCUCCACAGAGCAUGGUAACAACAGCCAGGCCUCAGAGGAGACCAUGUCACCACAGAGUCAGAAGAAAUCACAGGGGAUAAGCUGGACACAGGAAAGCGCAGAAACUGACUCGAGGCUUAAGGGGGAUAUUUGCACGGAGACUAAAAAAACCUUGACAACAUCUGCUUCCAACGGUGAGAAUGGGAGUGUUGAUAAGAAAAGGCUUCUGAAAGCCAAGAGCACAGAGGACAAGGGCAGUGAUGCUCCAACUAAUGGGGACGGGGGUAAGGACAAGUUGUGUGCGUCCAAAAGUAACGGAAGAGCCGUCAAGGCCUCUCCCGAGACCCCGCCACUGAAGAGCCACCCCAGCCUGCUUCGCCGGAGCUUCAGUUUCCGCCACUGGACGGGUGGCGAACUGCUCCGCAUCCGGGCCCUCUCUAAAGACAAGCACCACAGCAGCUCCGGGUGCGUCGGCCGCGGGGAAGGAACAGCCGGGGACGACAACCAGACCCCCCAGUCCACAGUCCUCCAAAACCCGGCGUACGACGAGACGGGACCGCCUAAACGAAACACGUUAGAAGUCGGGGCUGUGCUUAACAAGACUGACUCAAUGACGGAGCUGAGCCGCUGGGAACGAGCGAGAGGCAAAAACCGCACAUUGGACAACAGCGAUCUGAUCACUCUUUCCAUGAAGAGUGUGUCAGAGAAGGAGGGGUUUCUGAGAGGCACCGGCUCCCGCUCCAGUGGCUCGGACCGGCGGCUGGUCAGGUUCUUCAGCGGUAUCUUCUCCAGGAAGGAUGGAGGGAUGGUGUCUACCUCCACGCCGGUGGGCAGCCCCAGCACUAACCGCUCCCUCAGGAAGGGGAAGAGGAGCGGCCCCAUGGCCUACUCCCAGUCCAGCACAGAGAGUGUUAACGGAGGAGGAGGCCUGUCGUCAGAGGGUAAAGGAUGCUUUUCUUUAAACACACACACACCAGUUGUAGCUACAGUGUCCUUUCAGAUAUGCCAAAAAGGGUCCACGGAUUGUUUUUGGCCUGCGCCUCUCCCCUCUCUCUGCCUUCCUCUACAUCUCUGUCUCUCUGCUGUUUGUAGAGCUGAGGGGUGAAGGGCCAGGAUACCUCUCUGUUUGACGUAGAAGACCAUUAUUUGUUUAGGACAGGAGGGUGAUGUUUCUCCUGUCUCUCUGAUGCCUGCUACUGGCGUUUAUCUUUCAUUAUAGUCUACUGCUGUUGCCUGAGGUUCAUAUAGUCUACUGCUGUUGUCUGAGGUUCAUAUAGUCUACUGCUGUUGCCUGAGGUUCAUAUAGUCUACUGCUGUUGUCUGAGGUUCAUAUAGUCUACUGCUGUUGUCUGAGGUUCAUAUAGUCUACUGCUGUUGUCUGAGGUUCAUAUAGUCUACUGCUGUUGUCUGAGGUUCAUAUAGUCUACUGCUGUUGUCUGAGGUUCAUAUAGUCUACCGCUGUUGUCUGAGGUUCAUAUAGUCUACUGCUGUUGUCUGAGGUUCAUAUAGUCUACUGCUGUUGUCUGAGGUUCAUAUAGUCUACUGCUGUUGUCUGAGGUUCAUAUAGUCUACCGCUGUUGUCUGAGGUUCAUAUAGUCUACUGCUGUUGUCUGAGGUUCAUAUAGUCUACCGCUGUUGCCUGAGGUUCAUAUAGUCUACCGCUGUUGCCUGAGGUUCAUAUAGUCUACUGCUGUUGUCUGAGGUUCAUAUAGUCUACUGCUGUUGCCUGAGGUUCAUAUAGUCUACUGCUGUUGUCUGAGGUUCAUAUAGUCUACCGCUGUUGCCUGAGGUUCAUAUAGUCUACUGCUGUUGUCUGAGGUUCAUAUAGUCUACCGCUGUUGUCUGAGGUUCAUAUAGUCUACUGCUGUUGUCUGAGGUUCAUAUAGUCUACUGCUGUUGUCUGAGGUUCAUAUAGUCUACUGCUGUUGCCUGAGGUUCAUAUAGUCUACUGCUGUUGCCUGAGGUUCAUAUAGUCUACCGCUGUUGCCUGAGGUUCAUAUAGUCUACUGCUGUUGUCUGAGGUUCAUAUAGUCUACUGCUGUUGCCUGAGGUUCAUAUAGUCUACUGCUGUUGUCUGAGGUUCAUAUAGUCUACUGCUGUUGUCUGAGGUUCAUAUAGUCUACUGCUGUUGUCUGGGGUUCAUAUAGUCUACUGCUGUUGCCUGAGGUUCAUAUAGUCUACUGCUGUUGUCUGAGGUUCAUAUAGUCUACUGCUGUUGCCUGAGGUUCAUAUAGUCUACUGCUGUUGUCUGGGGUUCAUAUAGUCUACUGCUGUUGUCUGAGGUUCAUAUAGUCUACUGCUGUUGUCUGAGGUUCAUAUAGUCUACUGCUGUUGUCUGGGGUUCAUAUAGUCUACUGCUGUUGCCUGAGGUUCAUAUAGUCUACUGCUGUUGCCUGAGGUUCAUAUAGUCUACUGCUGUUGCCUGAGGUUCAUAUAGUCUACUGCUGUUGCCUGAGGUUCAUAUAGUCUACUGCUGUUGCCUGAGGUUCAUAUAGUCUACUGCUGUUGCCUGAGGUUCAUAUAGUCUACCGCUGUUGUCUGAGGUUCAUAUAGUCUACCGCUGUUGCCUGAGGUUCAUAUAGUCUACUGCUGUUGCCUGAGGUUCAUAUAGUCUACUGCUGUUGCCUGAGGUUCAUAUAGUCUACCGCUGUUGUCUGAGGUUCAUAUAGUCUACCGCUGUUGCCUGAGGUUCAUAUAGUCUACCGCUGUUGCCUGAGGUUCAUAUAGUCUACCGCUGUUGCCUGAGGUUCAUAUAGUCUACCGCUGUUGCCUGAGGUUCAUAUAGUCUACCGCUGUUGCCUGAGGUUCAUAUAGUCUACCGCUGUUGCCUGAGGUUCAUAUAGUCUACCGCUGUUGCCUGAGGUUCAUAUAGUCUACCGCUGUUGCCUGAGGUUCAUAUAGUCUACCGCUGUUGCCUGAGGUUCAUAUAGUCUACCGCUGUUGCCUGAGGUUCAUAUAGUCUACCGCUGUUGCCUGAGGUUCAUAUAGUCUACCGCUGUUGCCUGAGGUUCAUAUAGUCUACCGCUGUUGCCUGAGGUUCAUAUAGUCUACCGCUGUUGCCUGAGGUUCAUAUAGUCUACCGCUGUUGCCUGAGGUUCAUAUAGUCUACCGCUGUUGCCUGAGGUUCAUAUAGUCUACCGCUGUUGCCUGAGGUUCAUAUAGUCUACCGCUGUUGCCUGAGGUUCAUAUAGUCUACCGCUGUUGCCUGAGGUUCAUAUAGUCUACCGCUGUUGCCUGAGGUUCAUAUAGUCUACCGCUGUUGCCUGAGGUUCAUAUAGUCUACCGCUGUUGCCUGAGGUUCAUAUAGUCUACCGCUGUUGCCUGAGGUUCAUAUAGUCUACCGCUGUUGCCUGAGGUUCAUAUAGUCUACCGCUGUUGCCUGAGGUUCAUAUAGUCUACCGCUGUUGUCUGAGGUUCAUAUAGUCUACUGCUGUUGUCUGAGGUUCAUAUAGUCUACCGCUGUUGCCUGAGGUGUCUGUGGCUUGUAGGAAGGCUGGCAGUUCUUCAGUUUAUCUACAUACAUCUGUGAGGGAAAAUGUGCAGGUGGCACAAACAUGAAGAGAAGGAUGUUUUAAUCCAUAACUAGCGACUGAUUCAUCAGCUUGCUUUAUCUCUCCCUCACACACUCCACACACACCACACACACCACACACACCACACACACCACACACACCACACACUCCACACACUCCACACACUCCACACACUCCACACACACCACACACACCACACACACCACACACACCACACACUCCACACACACCACACACACCACACACACCACACACACCACACACACCACACACUCCACACACUCCACACACACCACACACACCACACACACCACACACACCACACACACCACACACUCCACACACUCCACACAAUACACACACACACCUCUGCAUCCUCUUCCACUUGUGGAAAGUGUGAUAUGAUAGAGGAAGUGUGUUCCAUUUAGAGCUGGCGACCCACUUUAGUCUUCCUCUGUCUGUAUGGCCAGAGGCCCUCUCUGACUGGCUGGCUGGCUGACUGCAGGACCCUAAACACAUCAGGCUCUUGACUCCCUGUAUUGUUAUUGGCCAGUUCCCUCUUCAAGGGGGUCUCAGGAAUUCCGGCAAUGUGGAUGCCCCCCUAGCCGUAUCAGGGACGGUGUCAUCAAAAUCCAUUAAAUCUCCCUCUGGCCUCUCCCAGCCCCACCUCCCUCUGGCCCCACCGACACCCGAACCCAACUCCCAGCCCCACCUCCCUCUGGCCCCACCCACACCCUAACCCAACACCCAGCCCCACCUCCCUCUGGCCCCACCCACACCCUAACCCAACACCCAGCCCCACCUCCCUCUGGCCCCACCCACACCCUAACCCAACACUCAGCCCCACCUCCCUCUGGCCCCACCCACACCCUAACCCAACUCCCAGCCCCACCUCCCUCUGGCCCCACCCACACCCUAACCCAACUCCCAGCCCCACCUCCCUCUGGCCCCA